GCCCACAGCCCCAGCAGCGCUGCUGAGGCUGCACCAGCCCCAGUCCGUCCUGGCUGCGGAGCCCGGAGCGUCAGUGGAGAUCGGUUGCAAGGCUGACGAGGACCUGGAGACAAAAUUUGCUGUGUCCUGGUACCAGCGUGGCAAGGAUGGUCCUGACCUGCUCCUGGAUGGUGAGAGUGGGACGAAAGGGAGGUUCUCCUGCACAUACGGGAGGAACAAUGUCACCCUGCACAUUGCCAGCGCUCAGCCCAAUGACACCAGCCUCUACCUGUGUGCCUGCCUCCACAUUAAUUACUGGGUUUUUGGCAGCGACACCACGCUGCUGGUGGGAGACAGCUGGAGGGCUGGGAGCUGGGUGCUGGCGCCCUGUGGUGCCCCCCAGCCCCCCCCCCAGCCUGGUCUAUGCCGUGGGUGCUACCGCCGGCCCUGUCCUUGUCUCCUGGCCGGGGGGGCCCGGGGGGUUGCUGGGGCUGGGGGGCGGCACGGGGCCACUUGUCAGCCCCAUGGGCAUGGCCGGGGGGUCCGGGGGGCUCUGCGAGGUGAGCUUCAGCACCUCCGGGCCCCCCGUCCGCAGGAGCGUGGAGCUGCACGGGGCCACCGGCAGCUGCAUGACCCCCGGCACCUGGGUCCUGGCUGGGUCUGGGGUGCUGCUGCUGCUCAGCCUCUGCCUCAGCAUCUGCCACCUCCACCGCCCCACACUGAUGGGCCACCAGCCCAGCACCCCGAUGCCACCAGUGUCACGGGAGGAUGAGGGAGGGCUGACGUACACCCAGCUGAGCUUCACUGCCCCGGCAGGGCCUACGCCAUGACCCGCAGCCGGACGCGGUGACGACCCCAAGCCCGGAGCUUGUCCGUC